CUCCAGUCCAGGAGCGCCAAUAAGAAGUUUCAAAAUUUCACACUCCCUCUCUCCCUCGCUCUUUACUCUAUAACCCACAGGCUCAAAACUCAGACCACCGUAACAAGUAACAACAUCAACAACAAGCUCCGAAUCCCAAAUCAUUCAUGGAAAUUGAAAAUUACCGAACCCUAAUCAGAAUCCAUUUCCAUUUCGUAUAUUAGUUUCAUGUUUUUUGGAGGAUAAUUCCCAUCUUGCCCCUUUCUCAGCAAUAGAAAUGCCGUUGAGAUUCGAACAUGGACAGGGAGGCUAACCUUCCAGUUCCAGCAGCGAAGAAUAUAAUCCGUCCGCCCGUGAAGCCACCAGAUACGACGCCUUCCUCCUCCUCCUCCUCUUCUCCGCCCGACUUCCUCCACCAUGUCCACGCCGCCUUCAAGCGCCACCGCCCUCUUGCCACAAGGCAGUCCAAUAUUUUAAGGCCUAGGCGGAUGUUGGUUCCUCAAAGAGAAGCAUCGAGAGAUUCAGGUUCUAGUUUGGGUCCUAUGGUAGAUGCUAAGAAGUCUCAAGAUGUGAUCUCACUGAGCCGGGGUCAUAUGGUAAAGGAUUCAGUUGGAGAAACUAAGAACAUGGUGACUGUUCUUGGGGAAAUUCAAGAAGAUGCAUCGAUUACUCCACCUACCAUUUCAGGCACUAUAACCAAAACCUUUGAUGAGAGCUUUAAUUCAUUUGAUGCACCAAGAGAUCACGUUAAACCCAUUACAGGUUGUAAGGAUGACAAAGCAAUUCCUUUGUUGCAUGGAGAAUCUCAACAAACUGAUGGUCAAAAAAAAGUUCAACAUUCUGUUGGAAGCAAUGCUGUCUCCCAGGGGGCCGAUGAUGGAAUGGCCACUGGAUUGGAGAACUUAUCAUCUCAUAUGGGUUCACUUGCAUUGACAGAAAUGGAAUGGAUCACGAGCAAUCAAAUGGAGGCAUCAACUGUUGUUACUCAUGACUCAAAGCACAGGAAUUUUCAGAAUCUAGAAUCUGAAGUCAGUUUGAGGUCUGAUGGUGGGAUUACUUCUUUAUUGUCAAAGAGAACCACUGCUGUUCAGGAUCAGCUGCACCAGUUCAGCAGAAACUUUUUAAGCCAGCCUGCCACUCAGUCUUCAGUUAUUGGGUCAUCGUGUGCUACCUCAACAUCUGUCCAUUCAACUUCAGCACCCAUGCUAAAUUUAACAACCUGUAGCUCUCACCUGCAUCGAGAUAGUGGUUCUCAUGUGGCAGUUGAACCUUUGGGAGAUUUUAAUAUGCAAUCUCAAAACAUAAAUCAGGGAAAUGUGGUGCAGCUACCAAAUCCUUCACCAAAGGACACCAGUGGAAUGUUAAUUGAACAGAAAGCCCUUGCAGGCAAAGCUUCUAACUGUGCUAUUGAUACCCAAAUGGAAGUGAAGGAAUAUGACCAGUCUAAGGAGCAACAAGGCAGAGUAACAAAAGAAAGUAACAUUCCUGAAAACCCUCCCCUGCUUGAUAGCUCAACUAAAGGGAAAGGAUAUGUAGGUGAUGUUACCAAUAUACAAUCUCAGGCUCCCUUGUCCAAAAGCUCAUCUUCAGAUAUGAAGUCGGAGCCUUCUAAAUCAGAAAAACAAGAGAGGGCUGCAAGUGGGAAAGGUGCAUCAGCUCCUCGUAAAAGGAAUUAUGAUCAGGACUUGUUCUUCAAAGUCAAUGGCAAGCUCUAUCAAAGGCUUGGAAAGAUAGGUAGUGGAGGAAGCAGUGAGGUCCACAAAGUUAUCUCAUCGGACUGUACAAUCUAUGCAUUAAAAAAAAUCAAGCUCAAAGGUCGUGAUUACGCAACUGCAUUUGGUUUCUGUCAAGAAAUUGAGUAUUUAAAUAAGUUGAAAGGAAAGAACAACAUUAUACAGCUGAUUGACUAUGAGGUGACAGAUAAGGCUUUGCUCCAUGAAGUGAUGAAUGGUUCCAUGAGUAAUAAAGAUGGCAGAGUCAAGGAUGAUGGGUAUAUAUACAUGGUACUUGAAUAUGGGGAAAUUGAUUUGGCGCACAUGCUAUCCCAGAAGUGGAAUGAAAUGGAUGGCUCCUAUCAGACCAUAGAUCAGAAUUGGCUCCGCUUCUACUGGCAGCAAAUACUUCAGGCUGUAAAUACUAUACAUGAGGAACGUAUAGUGCACUCUGAUCUGAAGCCAGCUAAUUUCCUUCUUGUCAAGGGUUCCCUAAAGCUGAUAGAUUUUGGGAUUGCCAAAGCCAUAAUGAGCGAUACCACCAACAUCCAGAGGGAUUCACAGGUGGGUACACUGAGCUACAUGUCUCCUGAGGCAUUCAUGUGCAAUGAAAAUGAUGCAAAUGGAAACACCAUAAAGUGUGGUCGGCCAUCAGACAUCUGGUCCCUUGGCUGCAUCCUUUAUCAAAUGGUAUAUGGCAGGACCCCCUUUUCUGAGUACAAGACAUUCUGGGCCAAGUUCAAAGUUAUAACAGAUCCAAAUCAUGAGAUUACGUAUGGACCGGUUUCUAACCCUUGGCUUCUUGAUCUUAUGAAAAAGUGUCUUGCAUGGGACCGUAACGAAAGGUGGAGGAUUCCCCAACUGCUUCAGCACCCUUUCCUUGUUCCCCCUGUUCCACCCCAGCUAUCAUCUUUUAAAGACCAAAACUGUAAACUACUUCAACUUAUAGCUGAAACUAGUUCUAAUGACCAUGAAGCCUCAAUGCUAUGCUGUCAGAUCCAACAACUGCUUAGCGACCCAGUUCAGCCAGUAGCAUCUCAGUUACUAACGUCACGAGAGCAACAAUGCAAGUCACUCUCCCAAAUGUCAAAACUUUGCUUUCUGCUUCAGGAACGUUUAGCAAACUCAGAGAGAAAAAUUGAAGAUCUGGGAAUGUAAUUCGCUAUGUUUGAUCGUUUUGACAUUGGUCAAUUCUUUUUGCCCUGAAAGAGAUCAUGCUGAAUUAAGAUGCCUAUUCUCCAUCCUUAUGUAAGAAUCUGUAAUCAGUUUGUCUUAUUAUGUUCUUUAUUAUGUAAGAACGUAUGCUCAUCCCAGAUUCACUCCUGGUAUUAAUUUCUGCAUCAUUGUCGAUCUUUUGUAGCAGGACAAGUAAUUUUAUACAAUUUUUGUAAACACUUAUGUACAGCAAGAGUGUAUUGAUUCGAUUUUUGACGUAGUAAUUAUUUUAUUCUCAA